AAGCUAAGAAAAUGAACGCGCACAGAUACCCAGUUGGAGUCCGGCUGAUCGGAGUCAUGAAACACGACCGGCAUAAGGUCUUCUUGACCUCCGUUCUGUGGUCCGACCAGAAUGACAUUCUGGUGUACAGAAGCUUCGUGGAAUUCAAGAAGCUGCAUAAACAGUUAAAGACGAAGCUAACGGCAGAGGGCGCUGAGGAGCACCUCCCGAAAUUCCAAGACGUGCCCGUGAAAACACUACUGAGGAAGAAUUCCGAGAAGUCACUUCUCAGGCUCAAGUUUUUAGAUAAGUACUGGUCGGCUCUGCAGGUGGAGGUCUUCAAGAGAGACGAAGUCAUUCAGUUUCUGCUUCCCCGAAAUGAGGACUUGGAGCCGACGUUACCAAAGAACAGCAGUAUCAUCAUCCCCUCCGAGGAAGACCAGGACAGUGAGGUGGACUCAGGUGUGGCUCCAAACAUGAAGCGCCACAGCGCCGGGAACAUCACCAACCCCUUCAUCGCCCAGACAUACGAGUGUGUGGCCACCUAUGACACCAAAGACACCAAGAACCAGCCUUUCAAGGUCGCAGUUGGCGAGAAGGUGGAAGUGCUGGUGAAGAACCCAGAAGGUUGGUGGCUGGUGGAGAACGAGGCGAGACGUCUAGCUUGGUUUCCUGCGCCUUACCUGGAGAAGUGUGAUGACACCGUGGGAGAGGAGACCCUGCUGGAGGACAUGCAAGAGGAAGGUCAGAGGUUCUACGCAGUGAGGGGCUACAAAGCCAGCAACGCCGAUGAGCUGUCUCUGCAGAUCGGAGUGGUGGUGGAGGUCCUCCAGAAGGCGGAUGAUGGCUGGUGGCUGAUCAGGUACAAUGGUCACAAUGGCUACGUUCCUUCCAUGUAUCUCCAGCCGUACAGGAACCCGCAUGCAAAAUUACAAACCAUCCUGCACAAAGACCUCGGCGCAUCCACCACCCAGCUCUUCAGAUCAGACAGGUGGUCCCAACACACUGGCACCUCAAUGAAAGGUUCAAGUCGGCACCUGGAAGACCCCAAACAGCGGCCUUUGAACCGACAGGUGUCCCGUUCUCUUAACUUCCUGCCACUGCCCACCGCCGUCCUCCAGGACAGGGAAGGGGACCUCCGGUCAGUGACAGACACCAGAAAGCACAGCUUGAGCAGCGAAAGUGAGAAGAGCUACAGCAGCAAGUGCAGCGACUCUGAAGAGCCCGCCAUGACCCCAAAAGGCAGUGAUCUCGGCAGCAGUGAACUGGUGGGACAUAAUGGUGGUGAUCUCGCUGUCCCUAAGGUGCCCCCAAGGCCCAAGACAAAGGAGAUCCUGUCUCGAUGCAGCACCAUCACCAAGAGGGCCAUGCUGGCACCCAAGCUGCCCAACACUGAUGUGAUCCAGGGCCGUUAAGCUACUGUACUUGAUGAAGCAAGACGGGCUUUACGGACUGUUUGAAAAAGCUUGUGGGAAUUUGUCGAAAAAUCGGGACAAAGACAAAACAGGCUGGUGGCCAACUCAGUGAAUGGACAAGGGGCAAGCGAAACAAGUCACCUCAGGUGUUACUGAUGGCACUGCCCAUCAUCCAAUUUUUAGAGAGAGCCUUCUGGUGUCACCCAAUGUGACAUCUGCUGGCACAGCAUACAGGACCAGCCUAGCUCUUUUUCGAGCCGCAGAUCUGUUGAAUUCCAACAGGCGGUGCACAACAGCAAACAUUAUAUGUGAGAAAAGCAAGAAAACCCAUCACAUCUCCAGCACUCCUACAAUGUUCAGCGAGGGUCACUGCGAGACCCACCGCCGGCGUCAGGAGCGCGUUGAUAAAAAAUGAAAACCCACCAGAAGCGUUUGGAAAGUUGGCAACCACAGUCCAGUGCAGAACAUCAACAGCCAGCGCCUCACUGUCACGAAUGGGCAAACUACACUUAUUGUUCCAAUUUUCUAACCUGCCUUUCCCCCCCAAAGAAUGACCCCGCGGAUAUUCUGAUCUCAUUGAAAGGACACCAGCAUGCCCUGCCAACUCAUACCAGGGGACUGCAAAUGACUAAGGGGCCGUGCCAAGCGGCAGGUCAAGACGAGCAGAAGCAGGCAGGGGUGUCACAAUGCUUUCGUUUUAAGAGACCUCGGUUCAUUUUCAGUUCAUCGGAGUCUGCGGCCGCUGUGAGAGGACAGCGCACUGAAGAUCGGCUCACAAAACCAAAUCCUACUUUCAUACGAUUAGAACUUCAUUUUUGAGAGGCCCAGAUAGAAACAAUCAGCAGACGACAACACGCUGCACACAUCCAGGCUGAAGAGAAGCCACUGAGGCAGCACAAUCAAAGGUCUUCAGUGGGGAUUGCGGAUGACUGUUUGUCCAUUUUGGCCGAGUGUAGGUGGCAGACACCUUCUGGCUUCUACACGGUGGUCCAGAUCUAAUUAUGCAAUUAUGAAAAGGCGAACACAUCGCACCCGCUGUUCGACUGACCACCGUCUC